AUGGGUAUUUUAUUCAGUAAAAAGUCUGUCAGACAAGCUAUCUUAGAGUUAGAACAGCAGAUAGAAGAAAAGGAGAAGACAAUCAAGUAUCUUAAGAAGAGAAAGGAGAGUGCGAGUGACAUAUUUUUUAAGUCAAUUACAGCCAUAAGUAUAGGGGCCAUUUCUAUUCUCUGGGUGUGCAAAGAAACUAUUUCAUAUUUAUACAUACUAAGAAUUAUAGCACUAUUUAUUAUAUUAUGCAUAGUAAUUACUUUAUUGUACUAUGGGAAUAAAAGACUAUGCAACUACAGACUGAACAAGAACAUAAUGGUAAUGGAAGUCUUAAAAGAAAAGCAAAGAAAGAAUAUUGAGAACCUAAAGAAAGAAACAAAGUAUGACGAAACACACGGAAUAAUAAAAAGGUAUGUAAAGCAUGUCACGCCAAAAGAAGAAGAAGAAGCACUUGACAGGCCAGAUGAAACAGUGGUGGACAAGUUAGUUAGGUUAAUAUAA